GCUUGGGACCCGAAGUCUUAUUACGAUGUCCGCGCUCAUCAAGCUCUAGUGUGAUGUCAUUUCCAUGACAAGUGAACUGAACUGAACCUUCUGCAACUCCAAGAGUGCCUUUGAAGGAUUAAGAAUUUUUCCGAAACUUCGUCCAGCAAUUCCUGCUUCGUCCAGAUCUCAGUGCUUUACAGUGGGUAUUCCUGUGGCGGUUAUGCUCAGUUACAGCUAUGGGGUCCACAAAUCAAGCAUCUCCCACAGACCGCCCAUCAACGCCCACAGCCCUCUCAGAUCGAAAUGUUCCUGAAUCGACACAGCCUUCUUCCCCGAACUCCCCGAAAAGCCACGAGAUCUCCAAGGGAUGUACGACACCCAACAGCGCGUGGGACAGCCAGAGCCAACGGGUCCUUACCGAUCCCAAUAACCCGGAAAGUCCUGGCGGGAGCCGAACGUACCUACUGUCUCGUUAUCCUGCGAAGAGCCAAAGCAUUAUCGGUACUACGUCAGGGACUUCAACUCCGGGUGCUGACAGUAUAUCCCCUAAGAAGAGUCUUGGCGGUGAUGCCAUUGAGGGGAGACGUGCGGAGCCACCUUUCCAUGUCUUCUCGCACAAGAAAAAGAAGUUUCUGAUGUAUGUCGCUGCCAUUGCUGGCAUGUUCUCAUCUCUUUCAGCAAAUAUAUACUUCCCGGCCUUGGCACAGAUUUCUAAGGAAAUACACGUAUCCAUGUCGCUUCUCAGUCUUACUGUUACUGUAUAUAUGAUUGUCCAGGGUCUUGCGCCAUCGUUUUGGGGACCAUUAUCAGACGCGCGGGGGAGACGGGUUACAUUCAUUGGAACAUUCGUUGUAUAUCUUGCUGCAAACAUUGGUCUUGCUUUCAGUAACAGUCUCGGGUCACUGAUGGCUCUACGUGGUCUACAAGCAGCUGGUAGUGCUGCCACAAUCUCAAUUGGUCAAGGCCUAAUUUCAGAUAUCGCAACACCCAAGGAGCGAGGGUCUUUUACAGGCACUAAUCAAGGAAUCCGGGUAUUUGGUCAGGCGAUUGGCCCCGUCUUCGGUGGGCUUAUCACCCAAUAUCUGGGCUAUCACGCUAUCUUCUGGGUUCUCUUCGGAGCAGGAGCCUUCGCCCUCCUUGCUCUGGUUAUCAUUCUCCCCGAGACGCUUCGGUCAAUUGCAGGCAAUGGCAGCAUCCGCCUCAAGGGCAUCAACCGGCCCCUGUACUACAAAUUCACCCCUCCGCCCGAAGAGCUCGUCGAGCACGACCUUCCACCAAAACAAAAACUUUCUUUUUCAAUGGUAUUUACGCCGUUCAGGCUCCUGCUUGAAAAAGAUGUCUUCAGUAUUAUAUUCUUCGGCUCGGUAGUCUAUGCAGUUUGGAGCAUGGUUACCUCGAGCACCAGCGCGCUCUUCCAAACCCGCUUCCACCUGAACGAGCUAGAGCUCGGCCUCGUCUUCCUCCCCAACGGCACCGCCUCCAUGCUCGGUGCCUAUCUGACGGGCAAGCUCUCCAAGCACGACUGGGUGGUCAUGGAGCGCCGCUACCGUGCCGAGAAGAAGAUCCCCGACGACGUCGCCCUGAAAAAGAAAGAGCUGGUCGAUUUCCCCUUCGAGAAAACCCGCAUGCGCAACAUGUGGUGGAUGGUGCUCCUCUUCCUGAUCAGCACCGCGCUGUACGGCUUCUCGCUGCUCCUCGACAUCAUCGCCCUCCCGCUCAUCCUGCAGUUCAUCAUCUCCUACACUGCGAACUCAAUCUUCGCCCUCAACUCCACCCUCGUUGUCGACCUGUACCCAGGGAAAUCAGCCAGCGCCACGGCCGUCAAUAACCUGGUCCGCUGCCUGCUGGGCGCCUUGGGCGUCGCCGUUGUGCAGAUGAUUAUCGAUGGCGUGGGCGCGGGGCCGACCUUCGCCUUGUUCUCGGGCAUCACGUUGGCCGCGACGCCGCUACUGUUGCUGGAGUGGAGGAACGGGGGUAGAUGGGCGCAAGACAGACGGACCCGAAUCGCUACGCGGGAGAAGAAAGCAAGGGAGGAGAACGUCGAGGCGGUGACGGUGGUUCAGGACGUGGUAGCUGCUAAGGCUUAA